AUGGCUUCAUCAGGGAAGCCUGUUGUAUUGGUAACCGGGGGAUCUGGUUACCUCGGACAGUUUCUUGUGCAGGCGUUGGCAAAAGCAAACUUUCAGGUAGCAUUCACGCAUCACAGUACUGCAGCACCAAUUCUCAGAGGAGACGUCACAGCAUAUUGGGUGGACCUAGUGAGUGGGGAAGGUUUGGAGCAAUGCAUCUCCAGUCUUCCAUCACUGUCCGCAAUUAUCAACACUGCAGCCAUCUCAUCUCCAGGAGCUUGUGAAAAAGACCCUGACACAGCAAGGGCUGUCAAUGUCCCAAGCAAGCUUCUUGACGCGCUCUCUGUGCAUGCCGGAGAGCAUGGAAGCCAUCCUCUCUUCAUCCAUCUAUCGACGGAUCAGGUGUACGAUGGUAGCAGAAGUAAUUGGAGAGAAGAGGAAGCCGGCAAUCCUGUGAACGCUUACGGCAAAACAAAGCUGGAAGCAGAGAAGCUGAUACAGGAGCGAUGGCCGAAUUGCGUCAUUCUCAGGAGCAGCAUAAUCUACGGGCCGCAGAGUCCGACGCCCGUAUCGCGGGCGCUGUUCCUGCAGUUUGUCGCGCGACAGCUAAAGGAGGGGACCCCCACCAGCUUCUUCAACGACGAGUUCAGGAACCCGGUCUUUGUGGAUGACAUUGUGUCGGUUGUUCUGCGGUUGCUGCAGCCUGGCACUGUACUGUCUGGCAGGUGGGCAUGCAUCCUGGUGUAUAAUAUGGGGGGUCCAGAGAGGCUGAGCAGGGUCGACAUGGCCGCAAAAGUAGCAGAAGUGUGGGGUUACUCACCCGAUGCCAUAGUCUCUGCGCCCUCCAGCAGUGUCAACCGGGGCGUUGCCUCCCCCGCUGACAUAUCCAUGACUAGCCGGAAGCUUGAAACAGAGCUGGGCCUCAGACUGACACCCUUUUCAGAGGCGCUGCAACAGAUUGGCCGAUUACCCUGA